AAACUUCACUGUGGUAGUACUACACUUUACAGGUCAGUUUGGCGCUGACUCUAGUCCUGCAGAGUUCAUUCAUCAUCACGCUCAGCUCUAAUCUUUUUUCCUUACAUCAUGGAAUCAUAAAAAAUUGAUUCACUUUGUUAAUUAGAGAAAACGACCACGACCGACAACCUCACAGAACCAGGAGUGUUUCCAUCCUCAACAGAAGAAUGAUAAAGACGGUAUGUCUGGGGCUUCUCUGCGGCGCCGCCGUGUUCACCGUGGGCAUUCUGAUUGGCCACUUUGGCAUCACCAAGAGCAGCAGCAACUCAGCACCAUCCUGGGUGAAGGAUGUGGCACAAGAUGUGAACGAGGGCCUCAUAGAGGAAUUCCUGUCCGAAGUGGACAACGUCCAAAUACAGGAAAACCUUAGGGAGUUGACAAAAGUGCCACACAUGGCUACGACAGCCGGAGAUGAGCAGACGGUGAAGCUUCUGCUGGAGAGAUGGGGAGACCCUGAAUCAGGUCUGGACCAGACAUGGAAAGAAGAGUACAAGGUCUACCUGUCCUUCCCAGACCCCAAGAAGCCCAACAAGGUCACCGUAGUGGACUCAUCGAAUGCUGUGCUGUACACGGCCAGAGAGAAGGAGAAGCCUUACACAGAUGACCAGAAGGAUCCUGCGGUGGUUCAACCUUAUGCUGCGUACUCGCCUGCAGGACAAGUGAAGGGAAAACUGGUUUACGCCAACCAAGGUAAAGCCAGUGACUACCAGCGGCUCAACCAGACAGUUGACUUGAAGGGAAAUGGACCGUUACGUCAUGUGAUCCUUAUCCAGGCCAUCAAUGCAGCUCCGUUCGGUGUCCUCGGUGUUCUAGUCUACACUGACCCUCUGGACAUCAACGAUGGCCUCAUGUCAGACAUCAAUGAGACCUACCCCAAUUCCUGGUACCUGCCGCCCUCUGGUGUGGAGCGAGGAUCAUUUAAUACUCAGUUCGGAGACAUGCUCACGCCGUACUUAGCAGCCAAAGAGGACACCUACAGGAUCCCCGAGGAGGACAUCACUGGGAUCCCGCCCAUUCCCAUUCAACCAAUCGGAUUUGAGGACGCCUACAAACUAAUCUGCGAGCUCGAAGGAGACCCAGCUCCCCCCGAGUGGCAGGGGGCCCGCAACUGCUCCUAUAACUUUGGUGGUCCAGGUUUCAAAAACACAUCCGCUUUUAACAGCAGUGAUGUGAAGUUGGACAUCUUCAACUUCCAGGAGUUGAAGAACUCCUCGAACGUGAUGGGAGUGAUCCGUGGUAGUGUGGAGCCAGACAGGUACGUGAUCUACGGGAACCACAGGGACAGCUGGGUCCACGGGGCCAUCGAUCCCAGCAGUGGGACCUCGGUGAUGCUGGAGGUGACCCGGGUGCUGGGCCGGAUGGUGAAGCAGGGCCGGUGGAGACCACGCAGGUCCAUCAUCUUCGGCAGCUGGGGGGCAGAGGAGUUCGGCCUUAUCGGUUCUGCAGAAUACACAGAGCAAUACUUCACCAAGCUCAGUGAACGCACCAUUGCCUACAUCAAUGUGGAUAUAGCCGUUUUUGCUAACGCCACCCUCAGGGCGUCAGGGAUGCCUUCAAUGCAGAACGUUCUCUUCACAGCUGCUAAACAGGUCACUGCACCAGGAACGGAGACGUCCGUCUACGAGAACUGGUUACGCUACAGCAACAAGACCAGUCCAACACAUGGAGAAAUCCCCAGGAUGGGAUACCUGACGGGUGCAGGCAGUGAUUACGCCGCCUUCGUCCACUACCUCGGAAUCACGUCGCUGGACCUUUCCUACACAUAUGACAGGACUAAGACGAAUGCUCGUAUUUACCCCGCCUACCACACUGCGUACGACACCUUCGACUACGUGGAUAGGUUCAUCGACCCUGGCUUCGUCAGUCACCAGGCCGUGGCCAGGACGGCGGGGAAUAUGAUGAUCCGAUUGGCUGACAGCCUGGUGCUGCCGUUAAACUGCAGUGACUACGCGGAGAGUCUGGAAGAUUACCUAAACAGAGCUGUGAGCCUGUAUGAGCCGAAACUUAAAGAUAUAUCCAUGGAGCCUUUAAAACAAGCCGUGAGCAGCUUUCGUCGUGCAGCUUCUCACAUGGAUCGCAUGAUUCACGACUCGGACUUGGCCAAUGAAACACCGAUGAAGGCCAGAAAAAUUAACGACCAGCUCAUGUUGUUGGACCGAGCUUUUCUGGACCCCCUGGUUUUCCCAGACAAAUAUGGUUUCAGGCAUGUGAUCUGGGCCUCCAGCAGCGCCGGUCAGUCCACCUUCCCGGGUUUGGCUGAUGCUUUUGCCACGGCUAAUUCAACAAAUGACUCAAAAGACUGGCAAAAAGUGCACUACCACCUGUCAGUACUGAGCCAGGCCAUAGAGGGCGCUGCUCAUAUACUGACUGAUGUCAUUUGAAGCAGGAGAGGAAACAGAAGAAGAGAACAUUCGCUGCACUUAACUACUGGUGGACAUUUGGUCUACGAGACUCCUCACUAGGGGAAUUGAACCAGCAACCCUCUGAUCAAGAACAUAAUUCUUAAAUUACUAGGCCUCCAGCUGGGGAAAAAAAAAGAAAACAAGACACUGUGGCACUGUUUAACACAGGACGGUCAAGAUUAUGAUUUAAGUUAAGGGUUAAUAAGAGUUAAUUCGGGUAAUAGUUUACUGAAAUAAAAAUAUUUAUUAAUGAACCUCUGUUUUGUUUUUAUAAAUAAUUAAAGUUGUGAAUAUUUAUGUUU